UGUGUGUGUACAGCGCGCAGGCCAGAGCCGAAAGUGUCGUGGAAGGUGCGCUUCCAACCAGAAUUUGGAAGUUUUUUUCCAUAUUGAUUAGUUAUGUCGCUUUUGUUGUUUACUCGCCACAUUUUUUUAGCCAGUUAAUUGUGCUUUCCCAAAACGCGGCCAACGAAUCGGCAUAACAAAAUCGCAAAAGAAAAUUUAAAAAAAAAACCGAAGAAACUAAAUAAAUCUCAGCAGCUGGCAGCUGGGUGCUGAUAGCCGGGAGCGUGACCGGGGAACAGAGAGCAGAGAGAAGAGCGCCAUCGUUGUCAUCGCUAUCCAAUCCAGGGAAUCCUCAUCACAUCGAACCGAACAGAACGAAUCCCCAACGACGCAACGGAAGAGUCGCGGCCCAGCGCACAAUCCCUCGAUGUCCGCGGGUGUGGGAGGCGGAGGGAGCAUAACCACAGACCACCAUAGCCGUUUGUACUUCCUCAGCUCGCCGACGGCCCCGCUCACCGCUCGUGAUCCCUUCUUCAUCAAGCCGGAGUACCUCAGCUAUGAGAGUCCCAUGCACCAUCUCUACCCCUCGAACCGGGGCCUUAUAGAGUACAACAAUUACAGCACAACCGCAGCUGCCGCAGCAGCCGCAGCCUCUGCCACCACCUCCGUUUCCGUGUCCGUCGCUGCCACAGCCGGCGGGAGCAGUGGGAGCGGUGCAGGCACAACCCCGGGAGCAGGAGCGGGAUCCGGUUCAGUUUCGGCGGCCAACAGCGUUGCCAACGUUGCGGCUGUCCUGAAUUUGGAGAACACCUUCCAGCAGCAGCAGCAGGCGGGCAAUCCCCACCAGCAACAGCAGCAGCAGCAACAGCAGCAGCAGCAGCAGCACUCGCAGUCCGAACAGAACGUUGGCGGGCAGCAUCAGCAAGCGGCGCAUCCCCUGCACCAUCAUCUAUCCACGGGAGUUGUCGUUGUCGGCGGCCCAGGUGGUGGCGGUGGUGGUGCUGGUGGGAUCCUUGGAAUCGGUCUCGGCGUUGGCGGUGGCCACCAGUCGCAAUCGUCGCGCGCCCAAAAGGCGGCCCGUCGGCGCAGCAACGAAUCGAUUGAGGCCCGUGAGCGGCGUCUGGAGCGGAACGCGGCUCGGAUGCGGGACAAGCGAUCCAAGGAGUCGGAGGCGGAGUACCGCCUCCGGUUGGCCAAGAAUGCCGAGGCGAAUCGCGUCCGUCGCCAGAACGAAAACGAAGUACAAAGAACCCUAAGACUGAUGAAGAACGCCGCCAGGCAGCGUCUGCGACGGGCCAGCGAGACGUCGGACGAGCGGAAAAAGCGGCUGGCCAAGGCGGCGGAGCGGAUGCGGGUGGCGAGGGCCAGUGCGCCCAAGGUCAUAAAGCCGCCGCUAGCGGAUCGGCUAAAGGGCUACUAACACCACAAAACACACAGACACACACACACAGAAACACAUACACAUACAUACGUGUGCAGACAGCAGACAGAAAGGUCUGGAGAGGAUCAGCUGGGAAAGGCAGUGCAGCAAGAGCAGUGUAAAAAGCAAGCAGUGUAAAAGCGGUGCAAGCAGUGCACGGCAAACCUUUGGAGCUGGCUCCAGACAUAAACAAAAACACAGAGAGAAAGAUAAGCAGUGGGAAGAAGAGAUGAAGAGAUGCAGGAGAGAGCGAUUGAGUGUAGACAGUGCUGUAGAGAGCGAGGAUCAACGGCGUCGUUUUAGACAUCUAUAAAUUAUAAAUAUAUAUAUAUAUAUAUAUUGUAUACAUAUGUAUGUAGAGCGAGGGCAAAAACAAGGCAGAGACCAGAAAGCAGUUGAGAAAAGUGAGAAAACACGAGUCAAGUCGAAGGAGAAGGUGAAGGAGGAGCAACGGAAUACGAAGGUGGCACAUUUACAUACAUAGAUAUUAGGGGCCGGCAAUUUUUUUUUUAAGUUAACAUUUAACAUGAUGAUGAAGUAAAGUAAACAAAAAAGUAAAGUAAAGUAUUUUUAUAGUGCAUGCAUUAUAUUCGUACGGUAUAUAAAUACAUACACAUAUAUAUAUAAAUGCAUACAUAGGCUAUGCAUACACACACGCACAUACCCAUGCAUACAUACAUAACUGUAUGUUCACAUCACUCAAAAGCUCACAUGUGUAAGCUCACACACACACACACACGAAUGCACGCACGAGAAAGCCAGGAGCUUCAACCCUACAAUGACAACAUAAGCAUUAGGGCGUCUCACUGCAACUGUACAUAAAAAAAAAGAAAACAUUUGAGAAUGGCAAUCGGGACUCAAGAGGCAGGUGGGCAGGAGGCAACAAGUGUCACCGCCAUAUUAGUGGUAGAAGGGUGGGGUGGGGAGGGUUAUCAGGGGGUAGCAAUGUUAUUCGUUAUUCAGACUGAUCCGAUCGAGCUGCAAUAAGGUAAAGCAAUACACAAACGUGCCCAUUGAUUUUCACCUGUGUAAGAAUUACCCUCCAGUGGAGUCCCCAUCGUGGCAUGGCGUGAGUCACCCUGGCGCUUGAGAACAACCAACCAACCAACCCCCACAUGUGUGGUGUGGUGGUAGCGCACGUGUGUGUGUGUGUAACCAUGUAACCAUGUAACCGAAAACGGACAUUGACGGGCACAUAAGGGCGGCAUAUGCAUACACACUUGACUGGGGCAUACAUACACAUGUGGAUGGAUGGAUACACACACACACACACACCCGCAUAGAUGUAAAAAUGAUCCGUUGCCAGGCAUUAUGUAUAACGCAAUUUUUGUUAUAGCACGCAAUCCUUCCACAUCCCCAAACACACACACCCACUUCCACACACCC